AUGCAUCUUUUCUAUUUAAUCUGCUUCCUUGUAUCUAUUGUAAAUGCAUUACCAGUUUUUAAUCAACACAUUGUAUUGAAUCAACAAAGUAUUGAAGAACAAUGGUAUUCGUCUCAGGAAUAUGACAUGUAUUCUACUAUUGUUGAUUAUUAUGAAAACUUGGUAGACUCAAUACUCAACACAGAAAGUGAAGUGUUAUUAUUAAACUUGAUUCAUUUACCGAAAGACGCAUUAAAUAAUAUCUUGACUUUACAAGCAAAAGAACUAUUAGAAUCCAAAUCAAUUUCGAAAAAACAAUUAGACAAGAUGCCAGCCAUUGUUGGUAGAUAUAUACAAAUGAUGAAUGAUCAUAUCUUUUAUAGUAUUGAACCAACUAUUAAAUUGCAUUGGAAUCUUUCUGAUAAAGAGGAUAUACAGACAUUCUUAUUCACUUUAAAUGAUAUCGUCAUCAAGACGUUAUUAAACGACAUGAACCAGUUUCAUCUUUUGGAUAAAGUAAGAAAUGAAUUAAUGAUCCUAUCAACGAAUCACAAUGAAAAAGUAUCAAUGACUGUUUACGAGUGGAUAAAAUAUCGAUUACUACAAAAGAACUGGAUUUCAACAUCAACGGUUACUGUUUCUGAUAUAGUAGAACUAGAAUUCUUGAAACAUUACUUGAAUGAGAUUCGUACACGUCUAUUGAUAGAAUCAAAUAGUCAGUUUAUAGAUUUCUACACAAGACUUCGAUAUGAUUUAAUAAUGGAUGACUAA